AUGGCCCCUCCAAAGGUCUUUUCUCUCGAGGGUAAGGGUUUAAAGCUCGACACCGCCGAGGAUAUUGAGGCACACAUCAAGCCUCUCUCUGAGUCUACCGACUUCACAGAGAUCCGCUUCGGGGGUAACACCCUCGGUGUUGGCGCCUCUGAGCGUCUCGCCCAGGCUCUGGCAACUCAGAGGAGCCUGGAAGUCGCCGAUCUCGCGGAUAUUUUCACCUCCCGUCUUCUCUCCGAAAUCCCUCCUGCGCUGAAGUCGCUUCUCGAUGCUCUUCUUGAAAUCCCAUCCGUCCACACCGUCAAUCUUUCCGACAAUGCUUUCGGUCUCAACACACAGGCACCCCUCGUUGAUUUCCUGUCGCGUCACGUUCCUUUGCGCCACCUCAUCCUAAACAAUAACGGUCUCGGUCCUGCCGCUGGUGUUUUGAUCGCCGAUGCACUCAGCCGCCUUGCUGAGCGCAAGGAAGAGGCCCGCAAGGAAGGAAAGGAGGUUGCCAUGCUGGAGAGCAUUGUUUGCGGCAGGAACCGUCUGGAGAAUGGCAGUAUGGAAGCCUGGGCGCGCGCCUACGAGAAGCACGCUGCUGGCAUGAAGUCUGUCAAAAUGACUCAAAAUGGCAUCCGUCAGGAAGGAGUCUCACAUUUGCUGAAGAAUGGUCUCCGUCACUGCGGAGCUCUCGAGGUCUUGGAUCUGCAAGAUAACACCUUUACUGUGACGGGAUCCACCGCGCUCGCUGGAGUUCUGGAGGGCUGGACUGCGCUGAUUGAGCUGGGUGUUGGCGAUUGCCUGCUCUCCGCCCGAGGUGGUGUCAAGGUCGCGCAAGCUCUGGCCGCCAAUAAGAACCAGAAGCUGCAAAUUCUGCGCUUGCAAUUCAAUGAGAUCAAGGCUGAAGGUGUGAAGGCUCUCGCGCACGCGGCCAAGACUGCUCUCCCCAGCCUACGUCGUGUCGAGCUGAACGGCAAUAUCUUUUCAGAAGACGACCCCAAUGUCAUUGAGUUGCGUGAGUUGUUAGAGGCUCGCCAGGAGGAACACGGCACCGACGAUGAUUCCGAGGACACUUGGGGCUUGGAUGAGCUCGACGAGCUCGAGGAAGAGGAUUCCGAGGACGAGGCUGAGGAUGAGGAGGAUGAAGAUGAAGAGGUCCAGGCCAAGGCCGAAAAGACUUUGGAGGACGCCGAUCGUGCUGAACAAGAGAAGGUGUCUCAAAAGUCCGAUAAGGAUGUUGACGAGCUUGCCGACGUUCUCGGCAAGACUGGCUUGUAG